AUGCUGGGUACUGCUCUUCUUGCGUUGGCGGCCGUGGGCGUGGCUUCUCAAGCACCAGCGAAUAGCCCAGUCGUUCAGCUUCGCAAUGGGUCAUAUUAUGGCACUCACAACUCGGCAUAUAACCAGGACUUGUUUCUCGGUAUGCCUUAUGCCCAACCUCCUCUGGAUAACCUUCGGUUCAGACAUCCUCAGCCCUUGAACGAAACCUGGACCGAGGUACGAAAUGCAACAGACUACCAGUCCAAAUGCUACCAGUACGGAUAUCCCUCAGGUCCACUAUCUGGUGGCUCAGAUAACUGUCUUCACCUCAAUGUCAUCCGUCCAGCGGGUGCCGAAGAGGCGAAUCUUCCUAUCCUUGUCUGGAUCCACGGCGGUGGUCUAGUCGGAGGCUACAGCGGCGAUCCCUAUUCCAACCUCAGCUGGAUCGUUGACGAAUCAGUCAAAAUGGGCACACCAAUCAUCGGCGUCUCAAUCAACUAUCGUCUUGGAGCAUGGGGAUAUCUCUGGAGUUCUGCUGUCGAGAAAGCAGGUGAAGGAAAUAAUGGCUUUCGAGACCAGAGACUUGCUCUGCAGUGGAUCCAAGAGAACAUUGCUGCAUUUGGAGGUGAUGCAGAGAAAGUGACCAUCUGGGGCCAGAGUGGUGGAGCUCGUGGUGUUGCGUCUCAAUUGACCGCCUUUGGAGGCCGAGAUGAUGGAUUGUUCAGAGCGGCUAUUCUUGAGAGUGCGACUGGGUUCCACACUAACUUUCGGGAGGAAGAAGUCGAGGAUGCUCCGGAUUGGGAUAAGGGAUACAAUUCGCUUCUCAAAUCGGCGGAUUGUGAAUCUGCGAAAGAUUCUUUGCAGUGUCUUCGGGAAGUACCAUCCUUGGAACUGGCAGAGAUCAUCGGCAACGUCUCGUUCCCUGUCUAUCUUGACAUCGUUGAUGGUGAUUUCAUCCAGGAUGAUCGCUCAGAAUUAGUGCGACAGGAGAAGUUUGUUCGUGUACCGAUUAUUAAUGGUGCGGCAACUGAUGAUGGUGACUUCUUUGCUCAGAAAGGCAUCAACACGACACAGGAGUGGGAAUCGUACCUGCGAAGAGAAGGAGCCAGCAACAGUACCAUUGAAGCCAUCUCUGCUUUGUACCCUGAUAUUCCCCGUGUCGGUCUCCCUGCAACCUUUGAAGGACGUCCCUCGGGAGAGCUUGCUUCGUAUGGAGCGCAGUGGAAGCGCGCGGUUGCGUUCGGUGGUGAUAGAGCGAUGCAUGCGCCGAGAAGGGCUUGGAAUAGAAGAUGGUCCGAAUCCAAUCUCACGGCAUACAGCUACCGCUUCGAUGUCGUAUCAGGAGAUCGCAAUCCGGUACAAGGAGCUGGUCAUUCGGUUGAUCUACCGUUUGUCUUCCGCAACACGGAGCGUCUAGCACAGCUCAACGCUACGGAGCCAAGGCCCGGUUCUUUUGAUGGAUUGUCAGUUUUGAUGUCGCGCAUGUGGAUUAGCUUUGCAAGUGACCUGAACCCCAAUUUUGAUGGGAUGCAGAGCUCAGAGUGGCCAAAGUAUGAAGUGGAAGAGCCCGAAAAUAUGGUGUUUCAUAUUGACAACUCCUCGGUGGCAUAUGUGGAGGAGGACACUUAUAGAACAGAGCAACUGGAAUUCCUGGAUCGGAAGUUGUGGAAGACAGGACUACAGACUGAUAUGUAA